AUGAAAGCUGUUGACUUUCUGGUAUUUGAUGUUGGUGGACAGCGAUCGGAAAGGAAAAAAUGGAUCCACUGCUUUGAGAAUGUAAAUUCCAUCAUCUUCAUUACAGCAAUUAGUGAAUUUGAUCAAGUUUUGUUUGAAGACGAGGCUACGGUAAAAUUUUUUGGUUUUGUGGCACUAUCCAACGAUAUACAUAUAAUCAACCCAAUACUUAUGGGCUUCCAAAAAAUUAAUGCAUAA